CGGUGAUUUCAGUCAGCUCUCGUAUUCCAAGGGCUCAUCGAUAUGAGCUGCAACUAGCGGUAAGAAAGGAUGAUAUAAACGUCGUGUGUCUCUUGUGCUGUCUUAUGGACCACCAUCACAAACCUCAAGCCAGAUUACAUCUAUACAUCACUCUUCAUACUCUCGAUGAACACCCCCAAAACAAAUCUACUCUACGCUCCAGGACAAGCGGCGCACCUAAGCCGUGCCCUGAUAUCGACCUGCCACACCCGGCCUCUCCUGCUUGGUGGUCUUCGAGUGACCACUUCUUUGCAUCCGACACAGACAAACCUCUCUUCACCACCACCUCGCAGCUUCACGACAACAAGCGUUGCUAGACUGAAGGACUUCUUCCCAGCCAAAGAGACGGCAUACAUCCGGCAGACACCACCUGCAUGGCCUCAUCAUGGAUGGACUGAGGAAGAGAUGACCUCGGUUGUUCCCGAGCACCGGAAACCCGAAACUGUGGGCGACUGGCUCGCAUGGAAACUCGUUCGGAUCUGUCGAUGGGGUACCGAUAUAGCGACCGGCAUACGUCCAGAACAGCAAGUUGACAAAAACCACCCGACGACCGCCACCAGUGCGGAUAAACCUCUGACAGAAGCCCAAUGGCUAGUCCGCUUCAUCUUCCUCGAAUCCAUCGCCGGCGUUCCCGGCAUGGUAGCCGGCAUGCUCCGGCACCUGCACUCCCUCCGGCGACUCAAACGAGACAACGGCUGGAUCGAGACUUUACUCGAAGAGUCCUACAACGAGCGAAUGCACCUCCUCACCUUCAUGAAGAUGUGCGAACCAGGCUUGCUCAUGAAGACGCUCAUCCUCGGCGCACAAGGCGUCUUCUUCAACGCCGUGUUCAUCAGCUACCUGAUCUCCCCCAAAAUCACCCACCGGUUCGUCGGCUACCUUGAGGAGGAAGCCGUGCAUACCUACACGCGGUGCAUCAGGGAGAUCGAGGAGGGGCACUUGCCAAAGUGGUCCGAUGAAAAGUUUGAGAUCCCGGAGAUGGCGGUCAGGUAUUGGCGCAUGCCGGAGGGGAAGAGGACGAUGAAGGACUUGAUUUAUUAUAUCCGCGCGGACGAGGCGACGCAUAGGGGCGUUAAUCAUACGCUGAGUAAUUUGGAUCAGAAGGAGGAUCCGAAUCCGUUUGUGAGCGACUAUAAGGAGGGCGAAGGGGGGAGGAGACCGGUUAAUCCGGCGUUGAAGCCGACGGGGUUUGAAAGGGCGGAGGUCAUCGGUUGAUCUUGGGCGGAAGGUUUUGACAGAUGGUUGUGGUUUGGGUUCAUAAAGCCAGGCGUUUUUGGACUACAUGUAAGUUGUAUUGGGCGUGUUAGAUAUCCCACUCUCUUUGCUGUUUGUGGCGUUUUGGUAGAAGAUACUGGGUUCUAUCUGUGCAGCUAGCUGUUCAC